AAGACUCGUGGAAAAAGCAAAUCCGUUUUCUUCGGUUUAUGCAAUUAUCAUUAAUAAAACCUAAAGAUGAUAAAAUUAUCAAAUUUUAUUAAUAUCAGUAGUGUUUUGUGACAAAAUAUGGAUGUUUGAAAAAGAAGGUUCCUCUACUUGAAAGAACAAAGUGUAGAUUUUGUAUAAUGUUUAAUACUCCACGAUUAAAGAAAGAAUUAAACCAAUUAAUAUGUAAACCCCCAGAUGGAAUGGAAGUGAACAUUAAAGAAGGGUCUACUUCUAUUUUAGAGGCUCAACUCAAAGGCCCUCCAGACUCUCCUUAUGAAAACGGUAUUUUUAAAUUGCAGCUAGAACUACCACCAAGGUAUCCAUUUGAACCUCCUAGAGUGACAUUUAAAACUCCGAUAUAUCAUCCAAAUAUAGACAGCAGUGGUAGAAUAUGUUUAGAUAUUUUAAAAAUGCCUCCUACAGGUGCUUGGAAACCACUUAUUACACUAGAAGGUGUUUUGGUUGCUAUAUGUAAUUUAAUGAAUUGUCCAAAUCCAAAUGAUCCACUUGUACCUGAUAUUGCAAAAGAAUUCAAGACUGACAAGGAGUUAUAUGAAUCUAAAGCUAGAAAUAUCACUAAAAUACAUGCCACCACAUCGAAAUUGAAUAAAGAAUAAACUUAAAUAACAAUUUUUACAAAUUCUAAAACCUAUUUUUAUUAUAAACAAUUUUUUUUAUAUAUUAUAUACCUUAUUAAUAUUUAAUUAAAUAUUUUGUAUAAAUUUGUAAAAUAUAUUUAAUUAUAAUUUCUA